AUGGUGCGGGUUGAGUGCGCCAACCGGGUCCAAGCAUUUGGCUUGGAACGCUCCCUGCUUUCUGAACCUUCCGAGCCUUCUGAGUUUUCAAGGCCUGAGCCUUUUUGGCGUGGUAUCCGGAGCACUUUUGCCUCAACUGCGGAGCCCGUUUUGAGGCAGAAUGUUGUUCCUCGCAAUUAUGUGUAUACGAUCAUACCGCCAACUACGAGAUGGUGUCAUAGUGGACAUCAUCUUAUGCAGGUGAAGCUGCCGGAGUUGGAGGAGCGAACAAAGAUCUGUCAUUUUUGCGACGCGCAACUCGUACGCGGCCAAUUUACGUUCACAUGCAGCUUGUGCAAUUAUGAUGUUUGCGUUGACUGCAGACAGCAGCCUGCAGAAGACAUGGCGCGAAAGGCAAGGCUCUCUCGGAAGAUGCUGAUGGAUCAUGGCCUGUGCUCUGGAGGAAUGCUGCCAACAUAUUUGGCGGUGAUCUCCUCCCCAGGAGACUUGAGCGAGAAGGUUCUCAACCAGGGGUUUAGAUGCAGGACUUCGGCUGGACACGAGGCUACCAAGGGUCCCCUGCGUGGAGCUCUGCAAGAUUGUCUCAAUAUCCAGAAGGCCUUUCGGGAGGGCGGCGCAAGAUUGCCAGGUCGGACUAUUAUGGACGAAUCAUUCGCACGCAAUCAGCCAGGCCAAGGCUCAGACUUUGUCUUGGAGAAGAUCCACAAGACCACCAUGCUGCGCUCAGUGCAGUUUCAGUUGUUGGUGGAGGACGUGGAUGUGUACGUUGUGUACUACUCCGGACAUGGGCAGAAAGGAACGGGUGCCUGGUUGGUGACUGAAGAUGAGGCCCUGUGCUUCCAGGAACUCUUGGAACUCAGUCGCCUCUAUGCAGUUCCUUUUGGAAAACUGAUUGUUGUCAUUGCUGACAGCUGCUAUUCGGGAGCCUGGUGUGAGCUUCACAAGCAGGCCUUCAAUCGUGACAAUGACAGAUUAGCUGCUUCGAAUCUCAUCGUCUUUGCCGCGGCCCAACCUUUGAUGGAAGCCGGUGAGCUUGACGAUGGCGGCGACUUCACAAAGUGGCUUCUUACCCAGCUGAGCACUCCGUUGUACAGCCUGUUUGAAAACGCAAAAAAGAAAUCAGAGCACAAACAGGGCAACCAGUCAUUUACGGUGUUCGAAAAGGUGGUCAGCCUUCCGACGUGCAUCCUGCAAAAACCAAUGGCCUCAGGCCUCUCAGGUCUUGUUGACGCUGAUGCAGAAUGA